AGUUGAGCGAGUGAGAGCAGAGAGACAGAAGCACGAUGGUUGGAUUCAGAUGGAUUCAAAUGUAUUUCUUACUGCUGCAGAUCACCGAACCUGUAGCUGGACAACUUUUCCUCUACGUCACUGUCAGAGAUGGAGAUGAAGUCUCUUUACCUUGUAACAGUGUGAUAGAUGAUCAUGAGAACUGUGACUCUACUACGUGGAUCUUCAGUGAUUUAGGAAGAUCACCACCAGUAGUAGAUCUGGUUAGAGGUGGGCAGAUUGUUGAAGGAGCCAAAGAUAAAUCAGACAGACUGAGUGUUUCAGAGAAAUGUUCUCUGGUUAUAAAGAAUGUCACAUAUGAAGAUGGUGCUCGUUAUGGCUGCAGACAGUUAAGAUCAGGACGACUUCUAGGUCCAGAUGCUGUGGUUCAUCUGUCUGUUGUCACCAGUGAGUAUUUACAUCAUGAUGUUUUCAAACUGUCUUGUCAGAACAAUAUACUGAAACAUUAUAAUAAUCAUGAUUAUAGUGAUGAAGUUACUCUUCUUUCUCUCACAAUGUCUCCAUCUUCUCCAGUGACUGAACACGAGGACAAUGAUGAGGUGACGUUAAGAUGCUCUGUGUGGGCAUAUGAAGGAUGUGAACACACAGUGAAGUGGCUGCUUCAGGGUCAAGAUGUGGAAGAAGACAACAAAGACUUUAAGACAUCACAGUCUUUCUGCUCCACCUCUCUGACGUUUCUGACUUCUCAUUUCAUUUACACAUCGAGGUUUAAUUCAUUUAAGUGUGAAGUUAAAGAUCGUGACAAAGUGCAGCAGUUUUCUUUCAGAAAUUCUCCCUCAGGUGAGAAAACAGACUGGUGGCUGUACGUCGGUGUGGCUCUGGGUUUAGCAGCGCUCUUGAUUGUUGUUGUUGUUAUUGUCGUAAGAUGCAUUAAAACUAGAGCAAACCAAACACGGGUGGAUGACAAAAUUGUGCUGACCUCAAACCCUGCUCAGUCUGCUCCAGAGGACCGUCAGGACCCGGCUGAUCCUGAAGAAGGUGUUUCCUACGCCUCCAUCAGCCACCCCGGGACCAACAGUAAAGCCCAGGUUCGGGGUGGUGAGGAUGCAGUGACCUACAGCACUGUGAAUCAUCCCUCCGCUGAUGACAACAACCUCUACGCCACCAUCAACCAACCAAAGAAAUAACCCAUAGCGUUGCUUUUUACAUUGAUCGUUACUUAGCUAAAUAAUUCUGCUGUGAAGUCAGCUUUUAUUUACAAGAGUGAGUUGAGUUGAAUUCAGCCAGAAGUCUUUCAUUCCCGCCUGCUUUAGUUGCUCUGCAUUGAGAGUAUUCGCUCUAACUCAGGUAUUUAGUGUGCAACAUUAAUUGUUUCGGAUUCAGGAGGCACAACUGCACUUCAUCACAAACAGGUGUUCUCCUUUUUCUUUCUGCUUUGCUGUGAAAAAGCUUUUUGUCCAGAAGGGGGAGGUGUAAGUUCAUUUACUACCACAAUGUGAACGUCCAACAUUCAUAUGGCUGGUUGUUAUAUAAAAAUGAUGCGGUGAUACAAUGAACGUGCUGCUGUGGGUACAUUAUUGUGAUGUACUGUGAUGUAUAUACUGUUGGGUUGUAGUUCAAUGAUUAAUAGAUAUUUUAAUUGAUUUGUAAGUUUUUUAAUAAUAGCUUUGAAUGCAAUGUGCUGAACAUUACCCCCUUCCUCCUCUGUAAUAUGAUGUAUGCCUAUAGUCAGUUAUCUACAGCCACA